AUGGACAAUAACUCGAUCACGGUUGGGGAUCUCGUUCCGCAACUGGCUAACUUCAGCCUCUACGAUCCUGACCCUGCGGCCAUCUACCGCGGCGCACAAAACUUUUCGCAAUGUUGUGUCCGAGCCUUGGACCAGUCUCUCUACGUCGAUGCCUCUGGCAAUCUUUCGUACUCUUCCUCGUCAUACGUCGACCCAAAAGUCACCAUUGCAGAGCUGACAGCCGCCAUAGCAGGCGGCAGCACUGACCUCUUUCCAUGCGGCGCCUCGUACGGCGGCGAUCCUCAGGGCUCGCCAGAAAUACGUGUGCCCUAUCGAUGGUGUGCGUCCGAGUGUGCUGGCUGGGAAAUGAGCCACGCGCAUUCGAUGCAGCAGUGGAUCGGCCCUGCGGUGCAGUUCAUUGUGCCCAGUCUGGCGUUCUGCCUCAACAUCCCCCGGACGCGGUCCCUCGCCAUUCCAGACGCAGUGUUCAAGGCUCACCCACGCUCCGUGCUGGGCCUUGCGAGCUACUGGCUGCGCCUGCUGGCUGCCAUGCUGCUCAUGUUUGUCGACACUUUUCUGUGGCUGGCCAUCUGCUUCGCGUUCGCCGGCCCCAUGCUGCUGAGCGCCGUGUUUGAGUACAUGGUUGAUCGCAAGAUCCUCGAGUUCCUCGUGCCUCCAACUAGGUCUAAGGAUCCGCCACGCUUGCCGCUGCGGCUCAAGGCGCAGUUCCUGAUCGCCGUCGUGGCUGGGAACAUCCGUAUGUCGACGGUGGAGAAGAAUUGCGACGAAGCAACGAUCUCGUCGGCACCAGUUAGCCCGGUGUCGACUACCUUCGCGGAGAAGUCAGCCUCGUCCGAGGACAAGUCGACUGGUGGCGUUGACAGCAGCGACAGCAAGGACGAGAGGGUCGAGAAUCUGGAUCUGGAGAGCAUGCGCUUUACGCCUUUGUCCAGAUCAACCACUCAUCGCAUUGUGCAUAACGCAAUAUGGAAGCGCAUCAUGACCAUGAUCGACGACCACGAAGAUCAGGUCGCAAGGGGCAUCACCGACGUGGUGUCGCUUCCCACGAAGCUCAAGUCUAUCCUGAAUUCCCAGCCGAGCUUUGGAACGACAAUUGGUGCACCCGUUUUGUUCUUUGUAGGCGGUUUCAUCUACACAGUACUCGAUGUCGAGAACAAUCUUGGCGACAACGAUACCGCUCACGCUCUCGCAUUUGGCAUGUGGUGGAUGGUCAUUCCAUAUCUCGCCAUCAUAUCCAGCGCCAUGCUCGCUGCCAAUGAGCCAUUCGCGCUGGAAGGCAUCGUCUACGACGGCGGCAAAGAAGCACUGAAAGACGCGUACGAUGCAACACUCUGGGCGAGCUUCGUGCGUCGUGCGCGGAGGCACCAGCACAUUGACAGAUUUCUCAACUCUCUGCACGGAUACAGUCUCGUGGGGCGAUGUUUCGACGGCCAUUUCAAGACAGUCAAGCUGUGGAAGCGCGGCCUCAACAAGAGCAGAUGGGUCAAGGAGGCCAUUGAUGAGUACACUGCAAACUACUCGCGUGCUCGGAAGGUGGGGAGAUCUUCCGUUGCAACCUUACAUCCCGGAAAUCUCAAUACAGCCGAGCUCACCCCCCCAGUGGACGUCCGAGCUGCCUUGGGCCUCAAGUUCCAUGACAUCUGGAACGUGGGCGUCGGCAGCUCGUUUCUCAUGCUCACGCCCUGCGUCUUGGCCUUCCUCGUGAGCUACAACACACCGCGCAACGGCCUCUCAUGCCGCACCCUGACAUAUCUCGUCUACGCCAUUACUCAGGUGUGCGAGAUGCUUCUCUGGUCUUGGGAGGCACGGCUCAAGAUCAAGUACGGGCCUCAGCGCUGGAGCCAGACCCGAACGCCUGCCAAGCUGGUCUGCUGGUGGGGGCAAGUCUUUGUCGGAUUCUUUGCAAUACUGGCGGCUGUAGGAGGGACGAUGAUGCAGCUGCUGGGGAUCCCCGUCACCUACUGGAACGGCCGUCUCGAUGAUCCGGACGCGUACAUCAUCCUCAGCAGCAACACAGCAGCCAGUAUCCGGGCCGCCGGGACGUGGUGGACCUAUACUGCAGUGGCGGCCGUCGCCACCGUCAGUCUCGUUUGUGCGUUGGCGUGGUGGCACCAACGCCGGCUGAAGAAGGUGUUUAUGGACGUUGCUGACAGCCUUGAGGGGUCCAUCGGCUCAGCUUAGGGGAGACAACACAGCGUAGUUUUUGAAUAAUGCCGGACCUGCAGAGCUGAUAAUGAACGAG